CAUCGAGGGACGAUUUCCCAGUCUCUUGUGACAUACUAGCAACUGGUAAUUAAUAUAUCUCGAUCUCGCGCUUCUUUUCGCUCUCCUUUAAUUUAACUCUGAUUACACCAACUACUCAAAUAGUCUUUUUCGUAGCUCUUUUACAGUGCUAUGGAAAAAAUAUGGCCUAUCUAUCCGCCAUAAUUUAAUUAAUAGUUAAACUUAACUGCUAUUAUAUUCUAACACAAAUCUUACAUUGGACAUAUAUAAUUUCAUUUUUUAGCUAUUCCCAAUCAAGCUAGCUUAUUACACCGAUCUUCACAAAUCGUCAACUUCGCUCAUGUUCCGGUACGCCACCCACGCGGAUGAGUAUGUCCGGCCGCCGCCAAGACCGCUGGUGCUGACGGAGAACAAAACCCCACCAGGCCAUCCACAGCAGGUACACAUUUCAACCGUCGGAGCAAACAAGAUGAGGGUUUCCUGGGUCACCGACGAACGGAGCAGGGCGGCGUCCGUGGUGGAGUACGGCACAUCUCCGAAGAAGUACACGGCGUCCGCCAAGGGAAGCCACACGACGUACCGCUACGGUGUAUACCAGUCCGGCGCGAUUCACCACGUAACGAUCGGCCCGCUCAAGCCCGGCGAGACCUACUACUACCGGUGCGGGAAGGCCGGCGACGAGUUCAGCCUCAGGACUCCUCCGGCGAACCUGCCCAUCGAGUUCGCCGUCGUGGGCGACCUCGGGCAGACGGACUGGACCAGGUCGACGCUGUCGCACAUCGGCGGCAAGGACUACGACAUGCUGCUGCUCCCCGGCGACCUGUCGUACGCGGACAGGGUGCAGCAGCGCUGGGACUCGUUCGGGCGGCUGGUGCAGCCGGUGGCGAGCGCCCGGCCGUGGAUGGUGACGGAGGGCAACCACGAGAUGGAGCCGCGCCAGCACGAUUACGAUGACGCGUUUGUCGCCUACAACAAUCGGUGGCGCAUGCCGCACGAGGAGAGCGGCUCCCAGUCCCAGUCCAACCUCUACUACUCCUUCGACGCGGCAGGCGGCGCGGCGCACGUGGUGAUGCUGGGCUCGUACGCCGGUUUCGAGGAGGGGUCGGAGCAGCACGCGUGGUUGAAGAAGGACCUCGCCGGCGUGGACCGGCGGAGAACGCCGUGGCUACUGGCGCUGCUGCACGCGCCGUGGUACAACACCAACGAGGCACACCAGGACGAGGGCGAGAGCAUGCGCGCCGCCAUGGAGAGGCUCCUCUACGAGGCCCGCGUCGACGUCGUCUUCGCCGGACACGUUCACGCCUACGAGCGCUUUACGAGGAUCUACGACAACAAGGCCAACAGCCGGGGUCCAAUGUACAUCACCAUCGGCGAUGGCGGCAACAGGGAAGGCCUUGCUUCCAAUUUCAUCGAGGAUCACAAGUCGGCGCAUCUUUCGGUGUUCCGGGAGGCAAGCUUCGGGCACGGACGACUGAGGAUCGUCAACGAGACGAGCGCCGUCUGGAGGUGGCACCGUAACGACGACCAGUACGCCACCGUGGCUGACGAGGUUUGGCUGGAGAGCUUGGCUAGUUCAACUUCAAAGCCGGCGCCCCAAGCAGCCGCAUGCCGGUCGUUUCGCCCAUGAUUGAGCAGUAAAUGGCAAUGCUCAGUUCCUCGCGUCUGCUCAAAAUUACCCCUCCUGUAUUCUAUGAAUAAGAAGUUUUCGUUUUUCA